AAAGACUUGGGAGUUUACCUAACACCAGACUUCAAAUCAAGUGCACAUAAUUCAGCAAAGCGACAGUGAAGGAAAUGAAUUGUCUCAGGGUGGUGAAGCGAUCGUCCAAGUACAUCGAUACGGAUAGCUUCCUGAUUCUAUACAAAACAUACAUCAGACCGCAUUUGCAAAACUGUGUCCAGUCAUGGUGCCCAUGGCGGAAAAAGACUCAGCAUGUUUUGGAAAAAGUUCAAAGAAGGGCCAUCGAAUUGGUCCCAGCUCUGCAGGAGCUUUCAUAUAAAGAUAGACUGCAAGCUCUAUAGACCUGUAUUCCUUUCAGAUAAGAAGAGAAAGAGGGUACCUUAUAGAGAUUCUUCCAAACAGCAGUAGAACCAGUACAAGAGUUCACUCUCUUAAACUCUUCAAGUCAUCCCUGAAGAAAAAAACAUUGGUUGUAGGAAGACUUCACCCAAAGAAUGAUAAACACUGGAGUUUCCUUCCACAAGCAGUAGUGGAUGCCAAAACUGUAUACAUUGUAGCAGCAUUCAAGAAAAGGUUGGAUUCACACUGCAAGGAGAAAAGAUAGGAUAUGGGGUCACAAAGGCUAUGCCUAAUUAAUGUACCCAUUAAACCGCUGUGAUGAUGGCAUUUGCUCGGUUGCUUGAACACCGACCCGACGAGGAUGACUUCGAACCGGUCAGACCUACUCUCCGCCCCAGCCAACCGACCAGCUGGUCCGGUGAAAGAGGGGUUUCGUCCAACAAGAAACAGGAAACGGAUAAAAUUCGCAAGAUACGAGGUCAAGAAUUGGCUGCUGAAAAGAAACUUUCGCAGAACGUCAAUGGAGGUCACUGGAUGCCUGAACGCAGGAAAUAUAAGACGAAGAAGAGUCCUCUAGUCUGGAACGCCGACUUGAAUGCAUCAGAAAACAAGGAGAGUGAAGACGACCCGAAGCUCGGGAAUCCAUGUCACCACGUUGCAGCUGAUGACCUAAACUCUCAUACCCCUUACCGGACCGGCAGCAUUCAAGUAAGCAAAGGAAGCAAGCGUGCGUUAGAGCAUGAUUCCGAGUCGUCACAGGACAUGAUCAUUCCCGUGCGCAAACUGAAAUUCACAAGACCGGUGGUUAGCGACGAAGAGGAGGGAGAUGAUGAGCAUGACAAUAGCCUUCUCCAAAAUAAGGCGGCUAGCCCAAAGACCGAUCUCUGCGAUCCAGGAGAAGAUCAAGAGUGGACAAUUUCUUCCAGUGACGAGGCAGACGAGGAAGCAGAUGAUGAAGAUUUCGAGCGGGAGGGAGAUGAGAGUGACAUUGAACUGAAUGACCACGGCUCCCCAACUGAAGCACAACUGAAGUCGGAGUAUUGGAAGAAUCUGCUGGAUCAUCUUAAGGAACUCUGCUGUCUGAAGCAAGGACAAGAAUUGAAACAGCUCUUGGCUCAAUGGUAUCUGACAUGGGUUCAGGAUCUGGACGAGCCCUCUGGAUACUGUCCCUGUGGCAAACAAGGCAUCCGGUAUCUCUUUCACAUUCAGAACUUUAUAACAAAGAAAACGACAUACGUUGGCUCCAAAUGCAUCGAACUGUUCAAACCGUUGGAUAAAAAUGUUGUCAAGGUAGUACGGGACUUACUUUGCGAUGGCAUCACAGGCACGUUGAUCGAUAAAACAAAUCUCACAUUUGAGAUAAGUGCUAAUUGUGGACUUGUAAAGGCUCGGAACAAACUCAGAAGUUCAGGCAGCUUACCACUUCGGAUGCCUCGAGAGGCCAAAGCCAGCUGUCCGGUCCUAACUGUGAAAGCUGCGGAAAAGGUCAUCACCAAGAUACAUAAAUUGAAAGAGGGCAAAUCGUACAAAAUUAAGCUCCAACUGUUCCUCAGAAAAGAUAGAAACAGUAGAGGUCUUUGGACGGUGGAAAUGAUGAGUUUUGUACCCGUUCUAACGCGCGACCUCGUGCCGAGAGAUGUAAAGCAGUUUAUCCGCGAAUGAUUCUUCCACUUUCUUGCCUGGUCUUUUUGGCCAAAAAUGUUCCAAGAAAGUUUAAAAAGUAACGAACUUGAUUAGGUAACAUAUCUAUGUUACCUACUUCUACUCAAAAAUGCCUCAACAUGUAUCAAUUUUGGAAAUAACGCCUAGUCUAUAUGUGCUGUAUGGGCCGAUAUAUGCCAAAAACAUGAUUUUCCGGUAUUAGCGGCGCUAAUUUGCAUAUUUCUGCCACAGACACAUGUGGUCACUUCCAGAAUAGUUUUAUUGUAAUCUCUGACCUUCAAAUUAUGGGUUUAGACACCUAAUUCAUUCAAUUAUCUGCAAUAUUGGCUGAGAUAUAGUGAAAAAUAGAUUUUUCGGUAAUGACGGCACUAGUUUGCAUAACAAUACGUGGGACAUUUUUUGAAUUUUUUAACAUGGCAAAUCGUUUUCUACGCAUUUUUUCUGACCUAGAGAAGUUGAUUAGAAAUUGAUUUUCGAGGGUGCACGAUACCCCCCUUUUCCCACUGAACUAUUUUAUUGUCCGGAAUUAUUUGUAAAUAAUCUCUCUGUAUACAACCCUGAUAUUUGAUUUAAGUGAGCUAAAAGCAGGUGUUUUUUUGCCCUUUAGCCUAUAACUCAAUAUGCAGCCAAUUUUAAAUUGUUUUAAUAAUUGUGGAUAAUACAAGUAUGAGGUUACAUGUACAAAAGUCAUGCACAAUGUAUUUUAUUUUCUCUAAUCUCAUGUAUUAAUCUUUUUCAAAGGAUUUUCAUUAAAAUGGUAAAGGGUGAAAUGAA